GCCUAGCGGGCGGCCCAAGCCUCUCGUCAGAAGCCUUCCAGCGAACAAUGAAAGAGCUUGGAGAGAUGGGGCUGAAACUGCAGAGUGCAGUAAAAAGACAACGAUUAGCUGUGGAAACCUCAGAUUUAUCCAAAUGCGAUCCUGAAAGGGUUCGAGAGGAAGCGACGAGGACCAGGCCGGCCUUGAAGAGGAGGGCAAAAGAGAGCCCCGAGGAAGCUGCUGAACAAAAAGUUGUAGAGAAGCCCAAAGUCGUCCAACAGACGGAGACAGCUGAUACAUCUGAGGCAAAUGCAGAUGCGGAAACGACCGAAAGGAGUGCAAGACGACCACCGCCUGUAAAUAGCGACGUCCUUCCACUACCGUGGAAAGGACGUCUCGGUUAUGCUUGUCUGAAUACAUAUCUCAGAGCAGCUAACCCUCCAGUCUUUUCGUCUCGAACUUGCCGCAUUUCCUCAAUCAUCGAUCACAGAUAUCCCCUACAGGAUCCAACACAGCCUGAGCAUCCUACAAAAAACCGACCAGACAAGACAAAGCCUCCAGAUGUCCAGAGAGGGCUCAAAUUUGUACAGGAUCUGGGCCUUGCAAACGCAAGAGAUAUAGUCAAGAUGUUGAGAUGGAACGACAAAUACGGCAUAAAAUUUAUGCGGCUCAGUAGCGAAAUGUUCCCCUUUGCAAGCCACGAGGAACAUGGCUAUAAACUCGCCCCGUUCGCCGCUGAUGUGCUGGCCGACGCGGGAAAAGUGGCUACUGAGCUAGGUCAUCGCCUUACAACACAUCCGGGACAGUAUACGCAAAUUGCCAGUCCUAGAAAAGAGGUUGUGGCUGCUUCUUUCAGAGACCUCGAAUACCACGACGAGAUGCUAUCGUUGUUGAAAUUACCUGAGCAGAUGGACCGAGAUGCAGUCAUGAUUCUGCACAUGGGAGGUGUAUAUGGCGACAAGGCAGCGACUCUGGAUCGUUUUCGCGAAAACUACUCCAGACUGACGGAGGGAGUCAAAAGGAGGCUGGUUCUGGAAAAUGACGAUGUCUCGUGGAGUGUCCAUGACCUUUUGCCGAUAUGUGAGGAGCUCAAUAUUCCGCUAGUCCUGGAUUAUCACCAUCACAACAUCAUUUUUGACCCCAGCAUCCGUGAGGGCACUCUGGACAUUAUGAGCUUCUACGACCGCAUAGAAAAGACUUGGUCGAGAAAGAAUAUCAAGCAGAAAAUGCACUAUAGCGAACCGACAGCAGACGCUGUCACGCCACGAGAUCGGCGGAAACAUUCUGCGCGCGUCAAGGUCCUCCCCCCAUGCAAACCAGAUAUGGAUUUGAUGAUCGAGGCCAAAGACAAAGAGCAAGCCGUUUUUGAGCUCAUGAGGACCUUCAAGCUCCCUGGAUGGGACCUCUUUAACGACGUCGUCCCACACGAGCGGGACGAUGAACUUAGCAAAGAGGCUAUUCGGGAAGCGAAAAGAUUGGUCAAAAAGACCAACAGGAGCGACGAACCGGGUAUAUUGGCCGUUGGGCAUGGAAGAAUGGCUACCGAUUUUCAGAGCCAGACAAAAGUGUUCCUUGAUUGGUUCAAGUCUUUGCCUGGGUCUACAUUUUCUGAGCAUAUCGAGAUUAGGGAUCUACGAGAAAGAAAUGCAGGUCGCGGCAUAGUGGCGCUUCAGGAUAUUCCUGCUGAUACAGUCUUAUUUACUGUGCCUCGAAGUGCAAUUGUCAAUAUCGAGACCUCUGAGCUCAGAGCAAAGCUACCCGAUGUCUUCCUCAACCAGGAUACUGCCAUGGAGGUGGAUAACAAGCCGCAGCAAGAUCCCUGGAGCACGCUGAUUAUUGUCUUGAUAUACGAGUACUUCAAAGGAGACCAGUCGAGUUGGAAGCCAUACCUUGAUGUCCUUCCAGCAUCGUUCGAGACGCCCAUGUUUUGGUCUGAUGCUGAAGUUGACGAGCUUCAAGCGAGCGCCACACGAUCGAAAAUUGGCAAAACCAAUGCGGAAGAAAUGUUCCACGCAAAGAUUUUGCCCGUGAUCCGUGGAAAUCCUGACAUCUUCCAAACUAGCCAGGCCAAGAGCGAUGAAGAGCUUAUCCAACUAGCCCAUCGCAUGGGAAGCACGAUAAUGUCAUAUGCUUUUGACUUCCAGAAUGAGGACGAAGAAGAAGAGGAUGAUUCUGAAGAAUGGGUCGAAGAUCGUGAGGCCAAGUCUACAAUGGGCAUGGUGCCAAUGGCUGAUAUUCUCAACGCUGAUGCCGAGUAUAACGCACAUGUCAAUUAUGGAGACGACGCCCUUACUGUGGCAACAUUACGAACUAUUAAAGCUGGCGAAGAGAUCUUGAAUUACUACGGCCCUCAUCCUAACUCUGAGCUCCUUCGUCGCUACGGAUACGUAACUCCGAAACAUUCUCGCUAUGAUGUCGUUGAACUUCCAUGGAAGAUGAUUGAAGAUGCUUUGGCAGCAAACCUAGGCCUGUCAAGUGAGCAGCUAGAUAGCGCACGAGAGCAUUUGGAUUUGGACGAGUUCGAAGAGACAUUUGUCUUGGAACGAGAAUCAGAUGAACCUAAUCCAGAUGGCACUUUUGCCAAUCCAGCUAAAUUUAGCGAGAUACCAGAAGAUCUCCGGGAGCAGCUCAAAUCAAUGCUCAAAGCUAUUCGCAAAGUGGAUCCAUCGUGCAUUGUCGACAAGCGAAAACGCGACGAGGUUCAACAUACUGUACUCAUCACGGCGCUUGAUGCCCUCACGUCACAGUAUCCGACGACUAUUAUAGAAGAUGAGCUGAUCCUCUCGGGUAGCAACCUUAGCGAGCGGCGCAAAGCCGCUGUCACAGUGAGGCUUGGGGAGAAACGAUUGCUCCAAGAGGCUAGAGUCCUUUUAUCGGAGAUCGCUUCCGAUGCCAUUUUGGACGACGCUCCAGCACCGAACAAGAAAGCUAGGCGGUAA